AUUGUGAAUCUAAUGAUGGCAUUAAAUUAUCUAUGGGUCGACUGACCGAUAGAUACGGUUUUAUUAGACCACCGGUUGUUAGUAAUGACGAUCAGUUCUAUGAGAAACCACAGGACCACUGGUUUGAGCAGAAAUUGGAUCACUUCAAUAAAACCGACGACAGAACUUUUAAACAGCUCUAUUAUGUGUAUAACGAUACCCAUUACAAACCGGGUGGACCAGUAUUUCUAUUUCUAUCUGGUGAGUUUCCAAUGGACGAGCCCUAUACUAAUCCCGAUCGCUAUUGGCUGGAAAUGGCCAAAAAGUACAACGCAUUGGCCAUAAUGUUAGAGCACCGGUAUUACGGCCGGUCUGUGCCCACACAAGACCUGUCCAUUGAAAACUUAAAAUAUUUAACCCUUGAAUUGGCGCUCAAAGACGCGGAACAGUUUAUACUGGGAAUGACUAAAAAUCUGUCAAUUGAAGGCAGCAAAUGGGUUGUGUGGGGUCUGUCCUAUUCGGGCAAACUUGCCGUUUGGUUUAGGGAGAAGUACCCCAACAUAACUGUCGGUGCCGUGUCUUCGAGCGCACCCGUCGGG